UUUUGUUUCGUCCCCACAACUUGCCCUGGCUUAAAUCCAAUCCGAUUGGUCACGUGUGCUUGACACUAUAUAUCGCGUGUUAUUUGACUAUCUCGAAACAAACUAUAGAUCUAGUGGCGCUGAGAGUGUUCAUGUGACGUCACGGAUCUAAGUCAUGGUGAAAUGUUCUUCUCUUGGAUACCCCAUUAAAUUGAGUUAAACAGUUUCACCAGCUAGUUCUACAUUGUGAAAAGAUAUUUAUGGUGACGUGAGAAAACUGAAACAAAAUGGCAGAACUGAAGUCCUACACACCGAAAGAAGUCAAUGAAAAUCAAAAUGGAGUUGUAUCAGGUAAAUCAUCUCCGACAUACAUCAAUCAGGUGGAUGUUAUUGAGAAGUCAGGUGAGAAUGGAUUAACACCUGUCGAACAAAUAGACACCUCACACACUCUUCCAGCAACCGAAAUGAAGAAUGGAAAGGUUGCGGAUGGUGCACGCAAGGGUAGCGGCGACAGCAGCAAGCUGAUCGAUGGGAAAGAAGAAAACCCUGAUGCUGGGAAACAAGUGGGAGUCUUCGAAGUUUUCAGGUUCGCAGACUGCAUGGAUCGGCUAUUCAUGGUCUUGGGCUCAAUAAUGGCUGCUAUUCAUGGAAUAGCACUUCCAGCUAUGAUCAUCAUCUUCGGCGAAAUGAUCGACAUCUUUGUAAACAACGCCCAGAUAACAGGCAAAGUGGAUUUGAUAAAGGACUUCCUUGACUCCGUGAACCUCACAACGGGCAUGGUGAUAGCAGACCCCACAAUAAUACAGAGUAAAUGUGCCGAUUUGGCGGCCUACUACAACAACACUCUCACCUGUGCUUCUCUCCAGGGAGAUUUAACUUCGGUGUUUAUGAGCAAGAUGGAGGAAUAUUCUCUCUACUAUGUCUAUAUUGCUCUGGGGGUGAUCGUGAUGGGGUACGGCCAUGUUGCGUUCUGGAUGACUGCCGCCGAAAGACAAUCACAUCGGAUUAGACUGGCGUUCCUCAAGAACAUCCUCCGCCAAGACAUCAGCUGGUAUGAUGUGAAUGAGGUCGGGGAGCUGAACACCAGGUUGUCUGAUGACAUCAACAAGAUCCAUGAUGGCAUUGGGGACAAGAUGGGUAACUUCCUGCAAUGGUUGUCAUGCUCCCUCGCCGGGUUCAUCAUCGGCUUCUACUACGGCUGGAAACUGACGCUGGUGAUCCUUGCCAUCAGCCCCGCACUGGUCAUCUCUGCUACGCUCAUGAGUAGGCUGAUGGCAUCCAUGACCAGUAAGGAGUUAGCAGCGUAUGCAAAGGCAGGAGCCGUAGCAGAGGAGGUCCUUGGCGCUGUCAGAACCGUUGUAGCAUUCGGUGGCCAGGAGAAGGAAUGUAACCGAUAUUGCUCUAACCUUCAUGAGGCCAAAGCAUUUGGGGUUCGGAAGGGCUACACCAACGGGCUGUCCCUGGGUUUGGUGUGGCUGGUGAUGUUCUCGGCUUACGCUCUUGGAUUCUGGUACGGCACCAAGCUGGUGAGGGACGAGCCAGAGAACUACCAGGCCGGAAAAAUGAUCAUUGUGUUCUUCUCCGUGUUGAUUGGGGCGUUCUCCCUGGGAAAUGCAGCUCCAAGUCUUCAAGCUCUAGCCACAGCACGAGGAGCAGCAUACACGAUCUUCAAGCUCAUAGAUCUGCAACCGAUGAUAGACAGCAGCUCCCCUGCAGGGAAGAAGCCACAGUCUCUGAGUGGAACAAUACAAUUCAACAACGUUCACUUCAGCUACCCCUCCCGUCCAGAUGUCAAGGUGCUGAAUGGCUUGAACCUGGAGGUUCGUCAAGGUCAGACGGUGGCUCUGGUGGGAGCUAGUGGUUGUGGUAAGAGCACCACUGUGCAGCUCAUCCAGAGAUUCUACGACCCAUCCAGCGGAUCUGUAAUGCUUGAUGGCAUCGACAUUAAAGAUCUCAAUAUUUGUUGGCUGCGUGAACACAUUGGCAUCGUCAGUCAGGAACCUAUCUUGUUUGGCACCUCCAUCUCUGAAAACAUCCGCUAUGGCCGGGAGGGCGUCUCGCAGAGUGAAAUAGAGGCUGCUGCCAAAAACGCCAAUGCUCACGACUUUAUCAUGGGCCUCCCUGAGAGGUACGACACUAUGGUUGGUGAUCGAGGCGCCCAGUUGAGUGGAGGUCAGAAACAGAGAGUCGCUAUCGCCCGAGCUCUGGUGCGAGACCCCCGCAUCCUACUGUUGGAUGAAGCCACGUCAGCUCUAGACACUGAGAGUGAAUCUAUUGUGCAGGAUGCCCUAGAUCAUGCUCGAGAAGGAAGGACGACCAUUGUUAUUGCUCACCGUCUCUCGACGAUCAGGACAGCAGACAUUAUCGCUGGGUUCAAUGAGGGUGUGAUUACCGAACAGGGCACUCACGACGACCUGAUGGCCAAGCAGGGCAUCUAUUAUCAGCUUGUUACGAACCAGACCAAAGACGAUACCAGGGAAAAGAAACCAGAAGAUGAGGCGGCAACUCCAGAUGAGGAUGAUGAGAUCGAGAUGAUGGUUCGAGUGGGAUCCGGGCGAGAUCGCAAAGUGGAUCUGAAACAUGCAGUAUCUGUGGAAGAGAAGACCCCGAAGAAAUCACGUCAGAGACUGACUUCAGAGUCCAAGGACAAGAAGGAAGAGGAAGAAGAGGCUGAGGAUUUGCCCAAAGUGUCCUUCAUAGAGAUCCUGAGGUUGAACUCGCCGGAAGCUCUUUACAUCUUGUUCGGCUGUUUUGCUGCUGUCAUCAAUGGCGGGAUCCAGCCUGCUUUCUCCGUCAUAUUUGCAGAUAUUCUUGGGGUCUACCAGAAAUCUGUCGAGGAACAAGACAGGGAUGUGAGAAUGUAUGCCCUUAUCCUCUUGGGACUUGGAGUCCUGUCCUUGUUUACCAACUUUGCACAGUCUGCCUUCUUUGGUAUCUCUGGUGAGAACAUGACAGUGAGAAUUCGGAGGAAUGUCUUCAAGGCCAUGUUGAGACAGGAGAUCUCCUGGUUUGAUGACCAUAGGAAUAACCUGGGCGCCUUGACCACCAGACUGGCCACAGAUGCUUCAAGAGUGCAGGGGGCUACCGGUGUCCAACUUGGCAUGGUCGUCAUGAACUUGGCUAACAUGGGCAGUGCUAUUGUCAUCGCCUUCAUCUUCAGCUGGAAACUGACCCUGGUCAUCCUGGCUUUUGUACCCUUCAUCAUGGCGUCCGGCUUCAUCGAGAUGAAGGUCCUGGCUGGAGUUGCCGGCAAGAACAAAGAAGCUCUUGAGGAUGCUGGCAAGGUGGCUAUUGAAUCUGUUGAGAAUAUCCGCACAGUUGCAUCAUUGAGUCGAGAGCCCACGUUCUACACAUUGUACCAGCAGAAGCUGACUAUCCCUUACAACGCAGCCCUCAGGAAAGCUCACAUGGUUGGAAUAUCCUUCGGGGUGUCCCAGGCUAUUGUCUUCUUUGCUCAUUCAGCUGCUUUUUACUUUGGCGCCUACCUUAUCAAGAACGGAGAGGCAGAUUAUGUAGAUGUCUUCAAAGUAUUUGGUGCUAUUGUAUUUGGCGCCAUGGCCAUUGGACAGGCCAGUGCCUUCGCCCCCGACGCUGCCAAGGCCAAGGUGUCUGCACAGAGGAUUGUCUUUCUACUUAAGAGCGAACCCACUAUUGACAGUGAGUCCACAGAAGGAGAGAAGCUCGGGGAUAACUAUUCAAGUAAGGUGGCGUUGAGUGACGUGAGGUUCCGCUACCCGACCCGCCCAGACGUGACGGUUCUGCAGGGUCUGACGGUGGACAUAGAACCUGGUCAGACUCUGGCCUUCGUAGGAAGCAGUGGGUGUGGCAAAAGUACCUCUGUUGCGCUCAUUGAGCGCUUCUACGAUCCUGAAGCCGGUGUUGUGAGCCUGGACAGGUACGACAUUAAGAAGUUGAAUCUCCAGUGGCUGAGAUCUCAGAUCGGUAUAGUAUCUCAGGAACCGGUUCUCUUUGACUCCAGCAUUGCCGAAAAUAUUGCAUAUGGUGAUAACUCAAGGGAGGUAACCAUGGCCGAAAUCAUCGAAGCAGCAAGAGCUGCCAACAUCCACUCCUUCAUCAGCUCAUUACCGGCGGGCUAUGAGACGAACGUCGGAGACAAGGGAGCCCAGCUGAGUGGGGGGCAGAAACAGAGGGUGGCCAUUGCCCGUGCUUUAGUCCGGAACCCCAAGAUCUUGCUGCUUGACGAGGCCACAUCUGCCCUGGACACGGAAAGUGAAAAGGUGGUACAGGAAGCCCUGGACAAGGCUCGGGAGGGCCGCACCAGCAUUGUGAUAGCACACAGACUAUCAACGAUACAGAACGCAGACAAGAUCGUCGUCAUCCGAAACGGCAAGGUGGCGGAGCAGGGGCGUCACACUGACCUUAUGGCCAAGCAAGGUUUCUACUACAAGCUGAAUAUGGCCCAGAUAAAACAGAAGUAGACCAUAUGGAACCAAAGCUUUCAUGAUGCAUAUGUACUUUAAGCCUCAGUGACACUUGAACAAAGCUAUCAGUGGUGCCGUCUCCUCAGCAAGCGAGGUAACUGCCCUUGUUGAUGGCGCUCAGUGUGUUUCAGAGUGAGUGUGAGGUCAGCCUUUGCCACGUUGAUUCUGUGACUGCAUUUGUCAAGCUGUUGUUUUUGUUAUCUCUCCUCCAAUAGUAAAGUGGGGAUAUAUUUUAUCCUAAUUUUGAAAUAGCAUUGCAGCUUUAAGAAGAUGUUGUCAGUUCAUUGAUUAACUACUUUUUGCAAUUGUUGUGUAAUAUCUGGUAGAAUUAAGCAUAUUCUACACUGUUCGUGGACCACUAGCCCCUAGUUUAUGUCAUUAUUGUUUUCAGUGUGUUAUAUGAGACCAUCAUACCAAGGCAAGAGGGUUUACUCACUUUAAAAGUUCAGUUUCCACCCUUGCCAAACUAGGCUGGAAUUAUGGAGUUAUAUUUUGGCUGGUUUAAUGAGUCUAUGCAUACUCCAAUCCCAAUCUUGUAACGAUAUCGACAUCUGAUUCAUAAACUGCCGUGCCGAAUGUUUUGAUUGCAAGAUUUGCAGAGCAUGUGCAUCGUCAACUGGGUGUCCACUCAUAUUUUUCCAAAUCUUUUCAUGUUUUAAGUCAAGGUGCUCAACUGAUUUGAUGCACUUCUGUUUUAUUACAAUAAAGAUCUUGAUUAUCGAUCAGAUCGUCUUGACUGGGCACCGCCAUUUUGUUUGAAGCAAAUGCAAGUGAUAUCACUCGUAAUAGCCACUGGUGGCGCUACGAUCGAGCCAAGAAAUUCUAGCCUGGUUCGGCAAAUGGCUUGUUGUCUGAGACUACAGGUGUUACUGGAGUGAAAGGGUGAAAUGUUAAUUGUAAUAUACAACUUGACCAUUGGUCAGACAAUCACAUAUCAAGGAUACACAAGUACUCACAUCAUUAACAAGUAAUGUGUUAAUUUGGACUGAAAGUAUAUUCUUAUGAUCGGGUGAAAUCACAUGGCAUCAUUAUCCAUGUGCUGAAUUUCACACGGUUUUGUAGGUCCACAAGUUAUAGUCCAUAUUCCGAACCGCGACGUCUUCGUUAUUCCCGCCGUUGUUGGGACGUGACACAGGUCAUGCUGUUUGGCUCGAGACAUAGCAACAUGUCUCCAGAAUUAGGUUAGCUUUUAAAGGUGUUUUUAUCAUACUUACUCAAUAGCCAGUCCUCCUUUGCCAAUUUAAGGCACGGAUUUGUUCAGGACUACUUUGUUAAAUGUGAUGUCCUCAAGAUUGAUACUCAUUCGUGACAGUUGUCCUGUGACAGAUGACCUGUGACAGUUGCCCUGUGACAGUUGCCCUGACAGAUGACCUGUGACAGCUGCCCUGUGACAGCUGCCCUGUGACAGUUGCCCUAUGACAGUUGCCCUGUGACAGAUGACCUGUGACAGUUGUCCUGUGUCCUGAUCGCAAUUCUGUAGUUGAUCACAAUUCUGAAGUUGAUCACAAUUCUGUAGUUGAUCACAAUUCUGUAGUUGAUCACAAUUCUGUAGUUGAUCACAAUCUGUAGUUGAUCACAAUUCUGUAGUUGAUCACAAUUCUGUAGUUGAUCACAAUCUGUAGUUGAUCACAAUCUGUAGUUGAUCACAAUCUGUAGUUAAUCCUGAUAAUCCGACAUGGUAUGAAGUGAGACAAAUGAUGUUGUUUUUCUAGGAUACGUUCAGGGAGAAAUUGCUGUGGUGUAUAUGAUUGUGUGACAUGUGUGUUUGAGGGCAGUAGCCAGUCAGACGAGGAAUUAUUCAGAAUACCUUGCUAGCCACGGGCUACUGGGCAGGCAGCUAUUUCACACAUUGGUCUAGGGAACAGUAAUUUGUUAUUGGGCCAGAAGUUUUGAGCAUCCAAGACCCUGCCCCUGCCUUAUUGUGUCAUUUGGAGCAAACCAUCUCAAAUACUUGUAGCAAAUUAGUCAGAAACCUCCCAGAUAAAAAGCUGUUGUGCAAAUCUCACAAAUAUUAAUAUUUUAACAGUAAAUGUGUUUUUUCCCUGACCUUUGAACUGGUUGUGUUUCCUUUGUCACCUUGCCCAAAUUCUUGAUGUCCAGAAUGAGAAAAGAACUUAUGCCUGACUGGACAAACCUUUACCGAUAAUUUUUUAGGCAUAUUUUUGUUGCCUUUUAAACAGUUAUUUACUUCUCUGGUAUGGACUUAAAGAUGUGUUUAUAUAUGUGGGCAUAACAUUUUUAUUGCAUAACGACAUAUUUUGCAUGGGUCCAUCAACUUACUGGCAAUGCAAUAAAUCUAUUAUUUGUUUUUCACAAAAACUGCUUCAGCUCAGUGGCGUAAUGCCGAAUUUGGUAACAGUUGUGUCCCUUGGUACCAACAUCUGCUGAUAGUACUAAAAACGGUUUUGCCUCGAUCGUAUCUUUAGAUUGCCAGCACUGCCUUGCUUAUGGGUUUCACAAGCUGUUUUAGAAUCAGCAGAAAGCAGGUUCCAAACAUCUAAAUUUAUAUGGUUCAUUACACUGCUAGUCCCUGUGCAGAGUUAAGUCCCUUGUCCAUGCCAGCAUCACCAUUGUCGUAACGUCUUCUAUCAUCAGAUUCUCUCACAUGCUUUAUUUAACUUAACUUCCAAGUGAUCUUAAGUUCAACAACUUUGGACCUCAUCUUAUAUUAUAUAUAUUUUAUUUUUCUUGUAAUGGAGGCAUCCCUGGAUGAGGAUAAUUUUGCAAAGUCAGUGAUUUUCCUGGAGACAAAUUGCAAUAGGAAAUUUUCACGUAACAUUUGAAGCAAAUUUGAACGAUAUCUCAUGACAAUCAGUCCAUCUCCUAGAAAUUUUAUUGAACUGAAACCAUACAAGUUGAAGCAUACAGAUUUGGGAUGAGUUGAAGGGAAAAUUGUCCACGGUAAUUACUGCACCAGAUACUAACAUGUGCUAUAAGAAAUGUCCUUAAACUUUUAGUAUUUACAAAAUAUAUAUUUUGUCACUUAUAAUAAAAUUAUCACAUUUUCCUGUGUAAAACUUUGACAAAUGUUUCCGUUUCUGAUUCUUGAAGUAACCAUGGUAAUGAACUGUGUCCCUGGUGCAUCAGUGAAUGUACAUAAUGUUCACGUUCAUUUUGUAAAUUAAAACUAUUUCCAUGUGUCAAAUGUUGUUAAUGAAUGUGAUUCUCGCAUUAGUUACUUAAUACCUCAUUGACUCGGCACGUUUUAUGCAUUUAAUAUGUGUUGCUUUGUUUUUGUUGCAGAGCAGUUUAAGUUGAUAUGA